AUGGAGCAUGGCUUGGCGUCAUCUUGGGCGAGCUCAGCACACUUUCAGUUCCCUACUUGCAAUUAUGCUGCCGUGCCUAGGCCUGCACAGUUCUUUUUGCUUCGCGUUUUGGAGGAUGUAGGUUUGCCCACGUCUUUCUGCAGCGCACAGUUCCUUGAUGUUUUGCGCUGGUUGGCGCAACGCAUCUUUUUGCUUUUGGUCCUUGAGCCAGUUUCUUGCUGGAACCUAGUAAGUCGAAUGGCCCGGGGCUUCAGGGGUGCCCUUCGGGCCUGCCUUGGGCACCGAGUGUGCUACUCAGAACCAGUGUCGAGCUUGGGUCGGCUCCUGAGCUUCUUUCUCCUGCCUCUGAAACGGCGCAGGAGACGUAAACGGAGACCUAACCUCCACUCGCGCCGACGCAGUCAGCUCGGGUAUGGCUCCAAAGUCAUUCUGGCCGCGCGCUUUGUCGGCGGAAGAAGGGUUCAGACCAAGCGUCGUAACUACCGCCUUCGGGGCCGUGCUAAGCAAGUGCGUGCCUUGUUUUGGAAAGCUCUUGGUAGAGGCUGGGAUCCCUACAAGGGCAAACGAGUGGGCGAGGCAAGCAACCCGGGGCCUGCCGGGCUUCGGCGCACUCGACGAAAACGGCUGGAGAAAGCUCAGGCCGAAGCCUGGGGUUUCUCUUCCGGGCAGUUUCAGAGCUUAGUGCAAGCUGUCAGUCAAGCGGUGGUCCGGUCCCUUGCUGCUCAGUACCAGCUGCCUAGUCCUGCGCAGAGUGCUAACAGCUCCGCUCUCCCGCCGAAGAAGCCGAAAAAGAAGAAAGGCGGGCGAGAACCGCCAAGUACUGCGCCGGCUCCCCUGCCUGAGAAUGCCCCUGCCCCUGGAAGCACUGCUUCCUCCCGCCGGGUCACGUGGCACCACACCCCGUCCGAGCUACAGGAGAGUAGCUGGGACUACUGGGCUGGCUGGGACGGUGCUUGGGUUGAUCCUCAUGAUGCUCCCUGGGACCAGUGGGUCCAAGAUGCGGGAGGGUGGUGGUGGCCCCCUCACUCCUCCUCGGGUGUUGGCCGCGGUGGGCAUGCUUCCUGGCGGGUCGAUGCUCAUGAAGCUCAAGCUCAUGCUCAUUUUCAGACGCCGAAGACCAAGGUGCAGCAGCCCGCGUCACAGCCUAGAGUUGUUGGCAUUUCUCCUGCUGAGUGGCAAGGACAGGUUUCUCUCGUGAGUUCCGAGGAAGUAGUUAGAGCCAUUAAGCAAGGUGAGGCUGUCAAGGGCUCAGUCACGUGGACCGACAGUCCACACACAGUGCAGCUCCUCAAGGAUCUGUUUAACUCUUUCCAGCCGGAGCGAGGUCUCACGAUCUUGCUUACUGGCAGGGCCAAAGAUGCGGUCGGAGCCACGCUGACUCGGCUCCGCUUGAAGAGGGUCGGUCGCGAGCCCGGCGUGGAGGACGUUGCGUUGCUCAUGCUCGGCAAGUCGGCGCCUUGGAAGCUCCCCUCUGUGCAAGUCCAACAAGGCACGGUGAAGCAAAGAGAGCGUGUGGUUGUUAGGGUCGUGGUUCCCACACACUACAGGCGGGCUUUUGUGCCCUUACCAGAGGAGCAAUCCGUGAAAGAUUUGCUUGCCGAAUUAGCCGGGCUGAGCAAAAUCCGAGCAUGUCACUUGACCGGGGGCACGUGGAACUGGCAGCAGAUCCAGCCUUCGUCAAAGAAAGAACACAGCCAACUAGUGGGGUGGCUGAAGCUUCCCACGGAGGAGGCUCAAAAGCUCACUGAAGUUUCCGGUCAGAGGGGAAUCUUCGCGUAUCCUCAGAAGCGGGCCGGUGACCCCCCCAACAUUUGGUGGGUUAAGAAGCUGAGUGACGAGGAGGACGAAGAGUACCUCCAGCGGGUGAUGUCUCUUGCUGUUGAGAGAUCCCAGAAGCCUUUCCUUCGAAAGGGUCUGGGGACUGAUCUGGGUUUUGCUAGGAAUGAUGCUGAUCCCAAGGAGGCUCGCCCUAAGCAUAUCCAGCUCACUAAGGUCCCAAAGGAUUGGCAGGCCGAGGAGAUUCGCGACCUCUUGGCCCAGCAGAGAUGGACUAACAUCGAAAUCCACGGUAGGCGCUCUAAGCACAAGCAGGUGUUCUGGAAUGCCAAGGCUCAGCCACCGGCAGAGACUGCUCACCAAGCGGCGUGGUGCUAUGAAUGUGAUGAUGAGUUCUGCGUGACGAUUAAUGAAAAUCUGUCAAGGCCCUCUCUUCCCGUAGUCUCCUCUUUGGCCCCCGGCCCUCGGAGGAAGUGGCAAGACCGCGAGGCGCAGGAGCACGGAAAGAAGCCUGCCCCUCCAAAGAAGCCGGCCCCAAAAAAGGAGCCCGAGCGACGCGAGCGCAGUAGGUCACCGAAGCGGGACUCCGACGAAGUUGCGGACGGAGAGGUCGAUCCUGUUCCCCCUCCUCAGUCGGGGCCUGGGAGCAUGCAGGUUGAUGGAGCGUCCCAGCAAGCCGAAGCCACUGACGAUCCGGCUCUGCAGCGGGAGCCAACUUCAUGCGCGGAAGCCCUUCGCGUGGGUUGGUGUGAAGUUGACCACGGCGGCAGUGGGGACUGUGGGUGGCGCGCCCUCGCGGACAACUGGGCGUGGCGUAAAGACGGCAAUGCUCUCAGCGAAAAGGACAGUAUCCAGCACGGCAACUGGUUCAGGACGGCCAGUGUGCGUCACAUUCGCUCUCAUGCCGACAAAUAUCGCGCAGGUAUCCCCGGAGCUGAUGUUUCUGAGGAUGCUUGGAAUGUUUUCUUGCAAGAGGGCGGCACUUCGGCCGAGCAGUUCAAGCAGAAGGCCGAUGACGCGCUGGAGGCCUAUCUCGAGCGCGCGGUCCGACCGGGCCAUUGGAUCUGCGCCCGUCUGAUUCAGGCUACUGCGGACAGACUGGGCACCGCUAUCUGCGUUUGGAAGAUAGGCGAAGGGACCGCAGGCGAUAGGCGUUUUGUCAUUGCUCCGGCUUUUAGCAGAGGCUGGCCAAAAACGAACCCGAAGUCCCCCCCUCUCGUCGUCGUCCUCCGAAACAACCACUACUGUUCGUUGCGUACCCCUCCGGACGGGUCUGUUCCGUGGACGUGGCUGCGCGAGACACAGGCCCUUAGGGCAGACGACUUGCCAGGUGGUGCUAAACAGAGUGACCAAGUUUUUGUGCCUGCCUCUAAGGGGGACGCGGAGGCAGUGAGCGACGCGACUUCGGUCUCGCUGCGCACUCUGUGCCCUGAGGCUGCGCGAGCGGACAGAGCCUUGAGGUCCCACCAGGCCUUGGGGACUACAACGGCUGCGGCUAAGGCUCCUGAAAAGGCUUCUGCUCAGCAGCAGCUGUCAGUCCCGAGUGAGGCCACGCCCUCACUGCACACGAUGGUGGGCCCGGACUUACUUCAGGUUCGUAAGGCCCCUAAGCGGGCCCGGCUCAGCUUUUGCACUGAGGCUUCUGUGUCCCUGCACACUCUGGCGCCGGACGCAGUGUCGCAGCCGCCUCAGCCGGUUCCUGGCUCUGCACGCGACAGCUUAGCGCAAGAGCCCGCUUUGGACAGAGAGCUUGCAGUCUCUUCGGAUGCCGGCCCCUCAGCGGUCCCUGCUCGUCGGCGCCUUAAGUUCAAGCAGCACCCUUUGGGCGAAGUCGAAGACACGGGGCAUGACCCUCUCACCUUUUCCGAAAAGUCUGGGCAUCGCAAGAAUCGGGUGUCUACGGUCAAGUGGCCAUGUCCCAUUUGUCAUGUUGUGUUCACUUGGACGGGACAUGACAAAGCCCUUAGCCAAAAACAGCGCCACAUGAAGCUUGUGCACAACACGAGGCUGUCUGCGGUGGGGGGUACGAAGUCCGACAAAAUGAAGAAGCAAUGGCAACAGAACCCUCUGCAGUUCAAGACGGGUGCGGAGGCUACUAAAAAGGCCAUGCUCAGGGCCAAGCAGCUCCAAGACCAGCAGCGCCACGACAUUGCACACGCCACGUCCCUGGGGCUCUUUCCUUGUAUCAAAAAGACUUGGUUCUGCCGUAGGUGUCUGGUCAAGGGCACCACUCGGCAGCUCACGGAAAAGGCUUGCGAGCCGCAAGAGUGGUGCUGGAAAAAGUCCAACUGGUGGUUGGGCCUUGCUGGGCCUCACCGGGAGGCCCUCUCCAAAGCCUGUGCCCUUACGAAGGAGCAAGUGGACGAGUACGACGAGAGAGCCACCGCUGUGGUUCAGAAUGCACGAGCUUACACGGGUGAUCGGUCCGAGGAGAUUACCUGUAGGGCUAAUGCCAAAAGGGCCCAGUGGCGCCGCGACGAAGGGUACACUGUCAGGGCGGCUUCUCUCCCAGGCAAGCUUAACGCGUCGUCGCAAAUGCCUCGCUUAGUGCUUAAAACCUCCAGUCGAGGGGGCGGCAUUCGCAAGAAGCCCGCUGCUGCCAAGAGUGCUGGUGUUGGCCUUGAUGCCUCUGCGGCCGUGCCCGCCCGUCUUCAGGUGGGCCCUGGCUCGUGGGAGCGAGACUUGACGCAGGAGGGAGUGGAGCCUAACCCGGGGCCUCAGAAAGAGGCCAGGCGCCGCAGGAAAGCUAAGAGAAUCCUUCCCACUUUGGUCGUUUGGCAGCUCAACCUUGCGUCGUUUGCCCUUAGGGGGUGGGAUCUGCUGGCUGCCGCCGAAGCCAGUAAAGUGGACAUUGUUGUCAUGCAAGAGACUCGGAUGACUUGCGACGAAGCUGCGCGACUUAACAGUAGUCUCAAAAGCUGGACUUUGUUCCAUCAGCAGGAGGAGCCCCAGCAAAGGCGUGUCACCACGGAGGGUGGCGUGGCCGUUGCCGUCCGGCGAGGCAUUCCCGCUGUUAAGGCCGCUUCGCACCACUGCAGUGCUGGGCAGUGGCUCCGCGUGGCCCUUCCUGGGCUCCACGUGACUUCUGCUUACAGGAGGCAACUGAGUCACGAAAACCUUCAGCCUUACAACGAGUCUUUGUGUGAGGACCUGGUGGCUUUGGGAAAAACAGCCGCCCUGACCCUCGGCGACUGGAACCAUGACCCCCUCACUGAUCCUCUGAAUGUCCAGGCGGCUGGUGCUCGUGGUGUUGUGUGCUACCCAGCCCUCAGGACCAGUGAAGAGGAAGAGCAAGAGUCGCAGGACCCGCUUCCUGCGCCUACCAGGUGGGCAUCUAACCGCUGCAUUGACUGGGGGCUAUGCUGUAACGUGCAGUCCUCAGUGAAAGUCCUCCCUGACAAGUGGUCGGACCAUAAGCUGUUGGAGUGGGAAGUCACCGGCUUAGCCUUGUCUGGUGGGCUUGGUUAUAGGCUUAGGCAGGCUUCGGACCUUCGUAAACCUGACGAAGUCUCUGACAAGCAAUGGGAAGAACUUGUGGCUAGGCACUGGGCCGCUCUGGAGCCUGACCGCCAAGGCUUGGACUUGACUAACUGGCAGCAGCUCUCAACGGCCGUCGAGGAGGCCUUCCGUGCGGCCCUACGAGAGCUUGGGUCUCAGCGACGCUUCACGACAAAGAACUACAAGGGCAGAGUGGCCGUCGCCAUACCCGGCUGCAGUCAUCACAGGCCUUCUCCGGAGGGGGUUCCCAAGGUGCGUACCACCAGGCUGAGACGUCUUGGCAGGCGAUUCGAGCAGUGGCACAAACAUCCCGACCUUCAGCUGUCCGGGCAUGUUCUGAGGGAAGCGGCUUUCUUUCAGUGUCCCCUUGACCCUCUUGACCCUAACACCUUGCCGGCUCUGCGCCAAUGGUUGCAAGAGGAGCUCACGUGCCUCGAAACUGCCCAUAGGGACCAGCGCCUGCAGGACUGGAAACGCUCAAUGCAGCAGCAAGACGGUCCAGUCUGGAGGUGGUUGGCCAAAGCUAAAAAGACCGAGGUCACCAGUGGCCUAAGAAACGCUCACGGCAUGGUUCUCUCCCCUGCCCAAACCAUGCAGGAAGUUGAAGGCUUCUGGCGCCAGCACUGGCCCAGCAGCGAGGGUCUUGACGACAAGCAUCAAGUACUUGAGACCCUGCAUGCUGAAGCUGGCUUGGCAGACAAUGUCUGCCACCCUGCUAUGCCGCCCUUGAAAGCCGAGGACCUCAAGCGAACUCUGGCGCGCCAACGAGGGAAAGCCCCUGGCCCAGAGGGGUGGCGACCUGAGGAACUGUGGCAAUGGCCAGGCCCUGCUCUCGACCUCCUCGCUGCCUUCCUCAACAAGAUUGAGGACGGUAAACCCUGGCCCAGGGCCUUGCGACAAUGGCGACAAAUCCACCUCAACAAACCCGGCAAGGCCCCAGGAGUCCUUGAAAAUCUGAGGCCAAUCAGCAUCGGAGCCGCAGUUUACAGACUGUGGUCCGCUACCAGAGUCCGACAGCUGGGGCCUUGGCUUCGUCGUCGGCUCCCUGACCAAGUGCAUGGCGGGCUCCCGGCCAGGGGAGUCCACACGGCUCUCCUCGAGCCUCUUGCUGAGCUUGAAGUUGCCCAACGGGCGCCCCGCGGCAACCUCAGAUACCUUGGUGCGUCGGACCUUAGCAAAGCUUUCGAUGCCCUGCACGGUGCCUUGGCUGGUCGGUCCCUUCAGAGGCUUGGGGUGCCCAAACCUCUGUGUCGCGCUUGGCAGCAAGCAUGGCAUCAGCAAGAAAGGGUGCUCCAAAUAGCGGGCAUGUGCAGCAAGAAUGCUGUUACUAAGGUGGAGUGCCUCCCUCAAGGUGACCCCGCGUCACCCGCGGCGCUCACGGCCCCGCUCGUUGAGUCCCUCAGGAGAAUCUCUAAGAAGUUCUCAGGACAUCAAAAGGGCCGGCAGAUCCACAGGCUCUUCUUAGACGACAGAAGUUGGUUCUGCGAGAAGCGGCAAACUUGCUUGGACAUAGGGCUUGAGUGGCGCCGCGAGGUCUCCCUGUGGGGUUUAGGCGAAAACAAAUCCAAAUCAGACUUUGGAGUGGUCGGCUCCGCCUCUGAUCGUAGAAACAUGCAAGCUGAGCUCAAUAGACGGGAGCAGGUGGGGGAAGUGAAGCUCCGACCGCGCCUCUUGGGCUCUCGCGUGCACACGAACCGGGCGCACAGCAAGCCUCAAAACGAAGAGCGAGACCGGCUCGCGGAAGCCAAAAUGAUGGCUGCCUGGGGUAGUAACCUGCCCUGCGAUCAGGCCCGAAAGGCCUACUUCCUCAAACAGUCUGCGGUUGCCAAGGCUGCUGCUCCUACGUACGUGAGGCUGGAGGCCCUGAGGGCUCUUGAGGGGGUUCAGUCAACUAUCAACCGAGCUGUUCGCUCGUCUGGGCAUGCCAGAGGAGGCUGUUUGGCUGAUUUGUUUUUGGGGCAUAGCGCUUCUCUCAAGUUCCGCCACGGGCAUGUUGCUACGGUUCAGGUCCUGAUUCAAAGUCACUUGCCUGUGUUGCGAGCCGCCUGGCAUCAAAGUCGCUCCUACGGGCCUGUGGGCUUGACUAGAAGGUGGAUGCAGAGGCACGGUUGGCGAGAGACCGGCGUCUUUAGCUGGACGCACCCGGCUACUCAUGCUACGCUGCACUCAGGGGUAGGCAGGCACGAGGGCGGCAUUCAGCUUACUGAGCAAAACAAAGGAGCCAUCAAUCACGCCUUGCGUGAAGCUUGGAGGGCCGGGUGCUGGCUCGCUUGGCUGGCGCAGGGCUCGAAUAGGGCCAGGCCGCUGGCCGCUUUGUCCUGGCCUCAAGUGCGUGACAGGUUUAAGAUGGCCGUCAGUGCCUUAAACCAGCUCCCCGGCGAGCUGAAGUCUCAUGCUCAGGCAGUCCUUGUGGGACACCUGGUGUCCCCUGCGGCGUUCCAGGUCAUGACCAGCCCGCAGGCUGCAAUGAUCCCGUGCCCCUUCUGCGGCUCUCAGGAGGCGCCGGACUUUGACCACGUUUUGUGGUCAUGUGAGCAUUUUAAGGACAGCAGGCCCGACUGUGGAGCGCUUGACCCUCUGCAGCGAUGGCUUGUGUGGCCUUCGCAGGCUAAGCCACGAAGGGAGAAUCUUCAGGUGCUUCUUCACGCAGCUGAGGUUCGCAGAGGCGUGCUACGAGCGCGCCACGACACUGACAUCUAA